AUGAAUUCAACUAAUUUUUCCACCCUAUUGCCAGUAUUACCUCAAGGUCAAAACAGGAGCUGGAGAAAGGGUGUCCUAUCAAACUUCUCAGAUCAUUGCCAGAAUUCCAUUGACAUGAAUACCUUCCUGGUCAUUGCUUACAGCUUGGAGACCUUCAUAGGUAUCUUGGGCAAUCUGUGUCUGGUAGGAGUGGUAAUUAGACAGAGGGAGAAACCCAAUGUAACUAAUAUCCUCAUAGCAAAUCUGGCUUUCUCAGACUUUAUUAUGAGUCUUUUUUGCCAACCUUUUACACUCAUCUACACCAUCAUGGACUACUGGAUCUUUGGGGAUGCCAUGUGUAAACUGUCUGCCUUUAUCCAAUGCAUGUCAGUGACUGUGUCUGUUCUCUCUCUUGUUCUUAUUGCUCUGGAAAGAUAUCAUAUGAUCACCAAUCCCUUAGGCUAUAUGCCUAAUAUGGUUCAGGCUUCCCUAGGGAUUGUGGGUACUUGGCUCAUCGCCUGCUUCUUAGCUAUGCCCUUCAUGGCCAAUAGCAUCUUGAGGAAUGUGUUCCAAAAGAACCAAUCCAAAGCCAUGGAUUUCUUAGCGGACAAGGCUGUUUGCACAGAAUCCUGGCCGACGGCUCAACACAAAUCCAUUUACACCAUCCUUCUGCUAUUCCUUCAGUAUUUUGCACCUUUGACCUUCAUCAUUGUGUGCUACCUGCGCAUCCAUCGACGCCUGAAGAGGAGAAGGGACCUUUUUAAGAAGAAUGAGCACUCCUUGGGGGUAAUGCAAAUGAAAAGAAUCAACUCAGUGCUUCUGGCCAUGGUUGCCGCUUUUGCCAUUUGCUGGUUACCCCUGCAUAUUUUCAAUGGCCUUGAGGACUGGUAUCAUGAAGCUAUUCCCAUCUGCUAUGGGAACCUAAUUUUCUUAGUGUGUCAUUUGGUGGCCAUGGCAUCCACCUGUAUCAACCCCAUCAUCUAUGGAUUUCUGAAUAGCAACUUCAAAAAGGAAAUGAAGCCACUAUUCCUCAUUUGCCAGAAUAAGCCUUCAAAGGAAAUCUAUGAACAGUUACCUCUUUCGACUGUGCAGAGUGAACUCUCGAAAGAAUCUUUAAAGUCGAGUUCUGAAACCAACCCUGUCUAG